CCUGAAUGACUACUCCACUCUCCAGGUCUACAAUGCCUUUAUUGUCCACUUGUUACCUUCCCGUGGGGUCUGUAUGUGGACUGGCCACCUGCUCGCGACGUUGUGGGACUCAGCGUGUGCCCUCUGCGCCACAGUGUUGAGCAGUGCCGCGUGUCCCGGCCAGCGUCCGCCCCUCUCGGAGGGCACCAGCUUCGGGUGCGGGACUACAGACUAACCCUGGCCCUACAGUGCUGGGAGUAAGACCUUCCUUUGGAGCCCUCCUUAGUGGAACAGAGAACCAUCACCGAUUCUUUUUGGUUAUCUUUGGGUUCAUUUUGUGAAGGGAACGCGUCUGCAAGGUGGCUGAAAAGCCCGGUGUCAAAAUGACUGAGCGCUUCGACUGCCACCAUUGCAACGAAUCUCUCUUUGGCAAGAAGUACAUCCUGAGGGAAGAGAGCCCCUAUUGCGUGCCAUGCUUCGAGGCCCUCUAUGCCAACACAUGUGAGGAGUGCGGGACGCCCAUUGGCUGCGACUGCAAGGACUUAUCCUACAAGGACCGGCACUGGCACGAGGCCUGCUUCCACUGCUCGCAGUGCAGGAGCUCGCUGGUGGACAAGCCCUUUGCUGCCAAGGAGGACCAGCUGCUGUGCACCGACUGCUAUUCCCACGAGUAUUCGUCCAAGUGCCAGGAAUGCAAGAAGCCCAUCAUGCCAGGCACCCGCAAGAUGGAGUACAAGGGCAGCAGCUGGCACGAGACCUGCUUCAUCUGCCAUCGCUGCCAGCAGCCGAUUGGAACCAAGAGUUUCAUCCCUAAAGACAAUCAGAAUUUUUGUGUGCCCUGCUAUGAGAAACAACACGCCCUGCAGUGCGUUCAGUGCAAAAAGCCCAUCACCACAGGAGGGGUCACGUACCGGGAGCAGCCCUGGCACAAGGAGUGCUUCGUGUGCACCGCCUGCAAGAAGCAGCUGUCUGGGCAGCGCUUCACCGCUCGGGAUGAGUUCGCCUACUGCCUGAGCUGCUUCUGCGACUUGUACGCCAAGAAGUGUGCUGGGUGCACCAACCCCAUCAGUGGACUUGGUGGCACAAAGUACAUCUCAUUUGAGGAGCGGCAGUGGCACAACGACUGCUUUAACUGUAAGAAGUGCUCCCUGUCACUGGUGGGCCGAGGCUUCCUCACAGAAAGGGACGACAUCCUGUGCCCUGACUGCGGGAAAGACAUCUGAAGUCAACACCCGGGAACUCCUGCCUGGGACCUUACACACAGAGUUAGGUAUUUUCUUUCUUAGCCAGGCGAUUCUGUCUACUGGUUUUCACCAGCCACAGUUAAGACUUGGCUCUUGUGCUUCUCAGUGAUACUCACAUUUGCAUAAACUCUUGAAUCCUUUGUACUAGUUCUGUCCCAGGAAAGGAGAAAAGCCUUAUGGAAAUCCCAGGUGGGAAGAUGGUCUGGGAUGUCUGUAAUCGAGUAAGGCAAAUCUAAGUGUAAAACUCCCUUUGAGCGACGUCUUUACAUGUGUAUCUGUCUCUCACUGCGUAUAUAAGUGCAAUUACCAUACGUCACCAACUUGAAAGUUUUCCAAACUAUAUAAGGUAAUGUAGGGUUGGCAUUUACAGCUCUUUUACUUCCCGUCGUGUCAAGCCUAAGGUAUGUGACUUGCAAUAAAAGUUAUUCAGAACACAAUGUUUUGCCAGGCAUGUUGUGUGGAAUAAAGACUAAAUGUUGAGUUUCUGAA